AGCCCCAUUCCUAGGAAUUGAUAUUUAAUUGGUCCAGGGAUGUGCCACAGCAUUGUUAUAUUUUAGAAGCUCCUAGGAGAUUCUAAUGUUCAGCUAGAGUUGACAGCCACUGCUUACAGGGAUAGGAAGGAAUCAACUGUUGACUCUGAGUAAUGGGGAGAGUAUCCUGAUGGCACAGUCAGGGAUGGAAGGGUGUGUCGGGGGUGGGGUGGGGCGGUGACGCUCAGUACAGUUCAGCUGUUGCUUUCAGGGGAUCUGAAGUGAGGGUGGGUCUUCCAAGCUUCCACAUGGACACCUGCAAAGCUAAGCAGGAAACUCCAGGUUUGGGGAGUUGUAAACAGGGCUUACUACGAGUUGAGCACUCUUUAAAAAGAAGCACUUCGUAGAGUUUGCUUCAGCUCAGGCUCCUUUUCCUACUCCGAGGGCAAGAUGACAGAGGAUGAAGGCUCACAGGACACCUUGAGGCUCCAGUUUAGAGCCAUGCAAGAGAUGCAGCACAAAAGGUUACAGAAGCAGAUGGAGAAACGGAAGGAAAAAGAACUGAGCCUCCAAAGCAGAGGUGAUGACCAAAGAGAGCCCCUGGAGAUGUCUGAUGGCCUCAGCGUCCUCCAAGCUGGGGAGCAGAACUCGAAAACCAGCUUUGAGCAGAGGGUGCUUGAAGAUGAGAUCGAACAGCUUCGGGAUCAACUCCGGGAAACAGUGGAUGAGAACGGGCGAUUAUAUAAGUUGCUGAAGGAGAGGGACUUUGAAAUCAAACAUCUCAAGAAGAAAAUAGAAGAAGACAGAUUUGCCUUUACAGGGACAGCUGGUGUGGCUGGGGAUGUGAUUGCCACCAAAAUCGUCGAGCUGUCCAAAAAGAACCGGGUGCUGAUGGCAGAGUCCGAGGGUGCGAAGACCAGGGUGCGGCAGCUGAGCAACCGCAUCCAGGAACUGGAGCAGGAGCUGCAGAUGACGCAGGCCAGGCUGCCAGCCAAGGGACCCACUGACGCAGGAGCCAAGCCACCGAGGACCCAGAUGGGAGACAAAGUCUUGCCGGAGAACCCAGAGGUGAAAGUCUUGCAGGACAGGCUGGCGGCCACAAACUUGAAGAUGAGUGACCUCCGCAACCAGAUCCAGGCUGUGAAGCAGGAGCUCCGGAUGGCCCAGAAGGUUUUGACUAGUGAGGUUGGGGAAGAUGUGAACAUCCAGCAGCUCCUGUCCUCGCCUGGGACCUGGAGGGGUCGGGCUCAACAGAUCCUCGUCCUGCAGAGCAAGGUUCGAGAGCUUGAGAAACAGCUGGGACAGACCCGGAGCCAGUCUGAAGAAACAGCCAGUGAGCUGUCUGUCUAUCCUGACCCAAGGAAGCUGUCGGCCCAAGAGAAAAAUCUGCUGCGGAUCCGCAACCUGGAGAGGGAAAAACAGGAAGGCUGGGAGAAACUUGCGGCGGAGCGGGAUGCCCUCCAGAGAGAGCUCGAAGAGCUGAAAAAGAAGUUUGAGGGCAUGAGGUCCCGGAACAAGGUGCUGUCGAGUGAAGUGAAGACCCUCAGGAGUCAGAUGGGGACCCUUGUGGAGAAGGGCCGGCAUGAUGAUGAGCUCAUCGACGCUCUCAUGGACCAGCUGAAGCAGCUCCAGGAGAUUCUGAGCAGCCUGAGUCUGCAGGAGGAGAAGACGCGAGUGUCCCAGCACCGCCUAGACCAGCAGCUCAACAGCGAGGCUCAGCGGAGCAGCAGCCUGGUGGCCCAACUGCGGGCCAUGGUGGCUGAGCGGGAGGCCAAGGUGCGGCAGCUGGAGCUGGAGAUCGGGCAGCUCAGUCUGCAGUAUCUUCGGAAUAAAGGAGUAGAGGAGGGCUCCAGUGGACCCGAGGUCAGCCGGGCCUCGGCCAAGCUCCCCGAUGACCCUGGCCUGACCAAGCCCCCAGCCUCCGCAGGCAAUCAUGCUGGCAGGCUUGGAUCCUCCCGCUCCGUGACCAGCCUGGGCCACACACUGGUGGAAUCUUCUCUCACAUGGCCUUCCCUGCCCAGUCCUCAUGGGGCCUCACCCAGGUUCUUGGACUCCCCUGAACAAAAAGGCUGGCAGACACAGGUGACGGAGUUCAAGGCCCUCUGGCAGGCUGCCGAGGUGGAGCGCGACCGGCUCACCGAGUUUGUCACCGUCCUGCAAAAACGGGUGGAGGAGAGGAACAGCAAGCUUCUGGAGUCAGAGAGGAGGCUGCAGGAGGAGCGGCACCGCGCCGUGGUGCUGGAGCAGCACCUGGAGAAGAUGCGCCUAGAGCCGGGCAGGAUGUCAGCCUCUCAGAGAGCAGCCCCCAGGAGCAAAACAGGUCUGCCUGCCUCAAACACCAGGCACCACCCAAGCGAAAGUGAGAGGAAGGACCCAUCUUCCACCCAGCUCUCCAGUGUGCCCAUGGAAUCCCAGAUGGAGGAGCUGACCACCAGGCUGGCCAUCCAGGUGGAGGAGAAUGAAAUGCUGAAGGCGGCCCUAGGCAAUGCCCUGCAGGGAAAGGAGGAGGACUUCCGAAUGUACCAUGAGACCCUGGACCAGGUGAAAGGGGUUUUCCUGCAGGCCCUGCGGCAGCAGAAAGCAGACAAGCACUAGGAUGGCAGCCCAGUGUCAGCCUGGCUGGACAGGGCAGCCUUAGGCCUUGAGAGGACGAGGCUCUAUCUGAGGACUCCAUCUGCUCCUGGAAGCCAACCUGAAACAGCCAUCUGGGCCCCUUCUGCCAGAAGAGGUGCUUCAAAGGUGACCAGAGCCAAUAUCCCAUGGCAGGAGGGCAAUAUCCCUGGGCAUGCUUAGCCACAGCAGGGAAGGAGACUGACACCCUGUCAGCAUCUGCAAGAGCUCUGGGAUGAGAAGCCAGCUGUGGAUGGACAGAUGCAGUCCCUUGGGCAGGUGCUCACUGCCCCUGUCCCCUGCAGGGGACCCUGCAGGCCCACAGAGGUCCACAUGUGCAGGAGGAUGCAGAGGGCUCUGGGCUGGGAGCAUCCCCCAGCCACCCAGCCGCACUCCAUCUCCCUCACCAGAGCAUCCUCAUAGCCCAAUGCCAAUCCUAAGCCAGGGCUCCAUCUGUGGGCAUCCCUCCCUCUGCAGAUUUGGGCGCCACUAUGCUCCUAGUCAUCUUGUCGACCCACACCUUAGGGUUCUUCCUUAGAUUCAGACCCUCAGGUUUGUAAUAAUAAUGAUUAUUUUCAUGAUCAUUGCAGAUCCCAGUGAGUGGGCAUCUACUGUGUAAACCUGACCCCCAUCAAGAUCUCCAAUAACCCAGGGGGUUGUCACUCUAUUUUACAGAUGGAGAAACUGAGGCUCAUGGAAAGACACAGAGCUAAUAUUUAACUCUGGUCUGCAUGCCUCCAGCAGCCAGGGCCUCCAAAAUCCGGGGCCUCUAAAAGCCUGGGCCUCCUUGAGCUGAUUACCCCGGGUGGGCAUGCUACCCACUGCUGGGCAGCUCUGCCCCCCCACCAGCUGCUCCAAGAGGCACCUCUUUUUGCUUCCCAAAGGCUGCAGCUGGUAGGCACUGGCGGCAGAGGGCAGAGGCGAGGCCAGCAGGAGGAUUUUGAGGCAAUGGGUCCAGGCAAAGGAAGAGUGUACCUCCCUCCCCACGGCACAGGGCUGAGCUGGGAGCGCUGCUGCAGGAGAGCUCCAGGCCCCUCCGUGACUGCCACUGGGUCACCCCCUCCACUGCAGUUACUGUCAUGGGGAGGGGUGGCUCCAUGGAGGGCAGCCACAUCUCUGCUCUCAUGGGCCCACACAAAGACACAGACACACACAAGUCCCUGGACUCGGGAGUAUGAAUCAUAUGUAUACACAUGUGCCAACAGAUGGUGCUGACUCCACACUCAUAGGUCCUGCCUGGCCAUUUCCCUUCAAGUGGCAUCAGAGAAAAACUUCCUUCCCAGGAAACCUCAGGGGCCCUUCAUCCUGACUGCCUUCACUACACUUGCUGAGGUCUCUAGACCUGUCACCCCAUGCAGGGUUGAGGCUCCGAGCAGGGGGGCCAGCAUGGACUCCCUCCUCAGCCCCAUCCUUGAAGAAGGGCUCCAAAAGACAGGGUCCAGGAAGCUGCAGAUGGCCUUCCCUGAGGAGGGGGUUUUCACAGUAUGUACGCCGCCUAUGUGAGUCACUGCCCAAGUGACACAAGUGACUGGUCUUCUCUAGCAGGAAUGUACAUCUACCUCUACACACACACACGUGGAGGGGCUAGCUUAAAGGUCUGCUCCACUCCCCCAGCAGAAUCCCUCUUCAGGACUCCCUGAAUUAAAAGGUGCCAAGUGCUGGCACAGUGGCUGGCACACAGUAAGCACUCAAUAAAUGUCAGCCCUCAGUAUCUCCUCUAUUAGUUCCACAAAUACUUGUCGAGCGGCUCCUCUGCCCCAGGUAAGGGGGCGCCGGGUAAGGCAGACUCGGCCCCUGAGAUCCUGGAAGCCCCAGACCAGCUGGGGAGACAGAUUCCCAGGCCACCAUGUACCCAGCCAGCUGGCCGUCAAGUAGUCACCGAAGGCCAAGAGCAUGCCAGCCUCUCCAGGCCUGUUAGGGGCCCAGAGGUGAAACUGACUUGUUGCUGCCGCCUUUAGAGAGCUGCUGGUCUGCUCAAAGAGGCGUGGGAAACGGAGGGCCCUGAUGGAGCAGGAAGAGGUGGGGCGGGGUGGGGGGAGGCAGAGACAGAAAACUGCACCUCAGAGCCUCCCACCUUCCCUCUGGCUUCCAGGCUCACUGCCCAGGUCUGAGUGGGACAGGGGCCAUCCUGCUCUCCCUGAGGUAUGGAUGGGAGAGGGUGGAAGGGGAAGGCCCAGGAGAAGAAAGUGUUGUCAAAAGGGACAAGGACGGGGUGAGUGCCCUGUCCAGGUGAGUGCCCUGAGCAGCAGUGCCUGUCCCUGAGGAGGACCUCCCCAGCCCAGGCAGGUGGGCAGCCGGUGGGCUGGACUUUUCUCUCACAGAUGGGAACACUGAGGUCCCUGCCCAGAGCCACACGGUGGUGGGAAUAGGAGACAGGUGCCCGGAGAGUGCAACAAACAAAGAGGCCGAGGAUGGAGAGGCCUCACGUGAGGGCUGUCCCUGGCCGCACCUUGGGCUGUGGGCCUGGGUGCUCAGGUUCCAACACUGACAGGUGACACCUGGUUGGGCCAUGGGUGUGGCUUGGCCACUGUCCCUGUGGGGGCCUCUGGGGCACCAGAGCUGAGCUGAAUAAGGUUGCAGUCUGGCUCAGGCUGAUUCAAGCCCCAAACACAUUCCACUGCCCCUGGCCCUCCAGAGGACUCCUCCGGGCCCCCAUACCCCUCCCUCCAGCGAGACCACAUCCACCAUACAAGGAAGCAUCUGCCCACCCACUCCAUCUUCACAGGCACUGCCUGAACAUAUACCCUAUCUCCUACAGUCCCUGAGCCUUACACACACACACACACACAUACACAUGCCAUAAACAUACCACACACACAUACUUUCCCCAAAUUUUUACUAUGAGCAGCAACCAGAAACAAAUAAAAAGGACUCUGACACUUGAGAGAAUUGGCCCCCUGCCCAUCUUUCCCACUGGCCCUUGCUGAUCUUAAGUCAGUCACUUCCUGCCCCUCAUUUUGUGGGUGCCAGGUGCCCUCCCCUUGGCACCCCUCAUGCAGGGAGGAGCUGGCCUCAGGCUGUCUAACCCGAGGUCCAAGAGGCCUCCCUAGCCCUCCACCCACCUGCUGUCCACCCCAUCCAAGCUCCCGACAGACUCCACUGUGCAGGGCUCGCCUGGUGGACCUCCUGCUGUGUGUGAGUGCUGCCUGUCCAGGCCUCUGGAAUGAGCGAGGGGUCACCACCUCUCUUAACAGCUUCUCUCUAUGAGCAGUCCAGUGAGCCAGGCCCUGGCCAUGGAGGAAGUUGUCGAAUCACCCCCAAGAACCCAGUGAGGUCAGGGCCGGCAGGGUGCCCAUUUACAGAUGCCCAUCUGAGGCUCAGAGAAGUGGAUCGCCAGCAAGGCGGAGCUCAGGCUCAAGUCGGGCCAGCUGCACCUGGGUUCUUAAUGGUGAAGCCAGACCACCCCAUCUGUUCCCCAGAGUCGUUCUCUUUGAGCCUUACAAGGGCACCAGCUGGAUGGCUGGCCCAGGCUGGUCUCAGCCAGCACGGGUGUGGGUGUGCCGGGUUCCUGCCCCUGCAGGGCAACCAGUUCCAGAAGCUUAUGCAGUUGGCCCAACAGCUGAUUCUAACCUCCUUGUAUGUCAGUUUCCUUUUCUGUCAACUAGGAAAAAUGGUAACCACCCCUUCCCGAGGGAUUGUGGUGACAUUAAAAAGAGUUAAUCCAUGUACGGUCUUACAACCAUGCCUGGCUACCGUGAUUAACUUGUUU